AUGACCAGCUUGACGCUCAAGCACUACUCCCAAGCGGAGGCGGAGCGGCGCUUUCGGCUUCCUCCUGGACGGGAUCUUUUUCACCAGCGCAUCCCCACGCUCAAUGAGGGUGACGCAAAACAAAAAAUGAAUGAAAUACUUCAGUACGUGCACAACACCAUGGAGCUGUAUGAAAAGGUCUUUGACAGUGUGGCGACGGAAGAGGGCUUUUUUGUGCAACCGGUCCACAAGCUUCGCCACCCGUUGAUUUUUUAUUAUGGCCACACCGCCUGUUUUUACAUUAACAAAUUGUGCGCGGCGGGGCUCUCUAAGCGCAUUAAUCCGCGGUUUGAGGAAAUUUUUGCCGUCGGCGUGGAUGAGAUGAGCUGGGACGACCUCAACGAGGAGCACUACAGUUGGCCCACCGUGGAUGAGGUGACGGAGUACCGUCGGGCGGUCCGCGACCACGUGGGUGAGAUGCUGUCCAGCGGACGGCACCAGCUGCACCUCCCCCUCACCUUUGAGAACAGCACGAGGAGCCUGGACAACUCCUUUUGGUGGGUAAUGCUGAUGUGCGCCGAGCAUGAGCGUAUUCACGUGGAGACCGCCUCCGUGCAUGUGCGAGAGCUUCCCAUGCAAUUUAUUAAUCCCGCCAUGUCCUCCUUCUGGAGACGCUGCCGCGAGGUCAACUCAAAAGCCCCGGUCAAUGAGCUGAUCGACGUGGGUGGGGGCAAAGUGCGCGUUGGGCGUGACCCGAAUUCUUCAGUCUACGGCUGGGACUGUGAUUACUCAGACGGGAAUUACUUUAUUGACGUGCCCGCGUUCAAGGCAAGCAAGUAUGUUGUUUCGAAUGCGGAAUUUAUGUCAUUCCUAAAAGCUGAUGGAUAUGCUACACAGCGCUACUGGGAUGAGGAGGGUUGGAAGUGGGUUCAGUGGAAGAAGCCCCAGCAUCCAUGGUUCUGGGUGCGUGAUGAGUCUCGCCCCGACGGCUAUGCACUUCGUCUUCAGACGGAGUUAAUUGAUUUGCCGUGGAAUUGGCCAUGUGAAUUAAACAACCUUGAGGCACACGCCUUUUGCCGGUUUAAGAGUGAACAAUCCGGAAAAAAUAUUCGAAUGCUGACCGAGGCGGAAUGGCUGCUGCUGUGGGAUAGGCAUGUGGGCAAGGAUCAGAUGUGCUGGGGGAAGGCACCUGGAAAUCUCAAUCUGGAACACUUUCAAAGCAGCUGCCCGGUGGACAAGUUCCCGCAUGGCCCCUUCUUCGACAUUGUUGGUAACGUUUGGCAACACUGCGAGACAAAAGUAUACCCCUACCCCGGCUACAAGGUUCAUCCUUUCUACGACGAUUUUUCAAUGCCUACAUUUGAUGGCCGUCAUGCAUGCAUGAAGGGUGGGGCGUGGGUCAGCAGCGGAAACGAGGCCACCCGGGACGCCCGUUUUGCCUUCCGCCGUCACUUCUUCCAGUACAUUGGCCUCCGCUACGUGGAGGGCGCCGCGGUGAACGAGGAGCGCUACUGCCGGAGCGUCUUGGGACUUGACCCCGAAGUUGACAUCAUAACCGACAUGUGCUUUCGCGACUCUGUCAAAGGUGUUACAAACGGCUGCGUUAAGAUUGCCGAGUACGCCAUGGCUCAGUUCAAGGCCUACGCUCAGGUUGAACCCAAGCGUGCGCUGGAUUUUGCCUGCGGAGCUGGUCGGGUUUCCUUUGAGUUGUCUUCCCUCUUUGGCCAAGUGGUUGGCUCUGAUUUCACGGCCCGCCACCUUAUUCCGGCAUAUGCCUUGCUUGAACGGGGCACAUGCACGUACAGCACCUUGGAUGCUGCCUCACUGCAGCGUGUGGGAAAGUCGGUGGAGGCGUCAAAUUAUUCAUGGGGCAACAAUCGUAACCGCGUCACCUUCUUUCAGUCUGACCCUGCAAACCUUCACGGUCACAUGACAAACUUUUCCUUGAUUGUCUGCUGGAAUACGCUUGAGAGAGCCUCAGCCCCUGCCGCAGUCCCACCGCAUCUGCUGAGCCGGCUGGAGGAGGGCGGCAUCCUCGUCAUGGGAGGCCAAUAUGAAUGGGUUGAAGGCAGCGCGCCAGUGAAGGAGUAUUGGGACGAGACGGCUUCGUCUCGCCGGGGACUUUCAGAGGGGGAGGUGCACAAACUGCUUGGAGCCGAAUCCGCGGUCGAGCGCGUCGGGGAGCCCAUUGACGUGGUGAUCGCGUUCCCGGAGUCGGAUCGUGCGGCAAAUCUAAAAAAAGUGCACUUCACCACGUACCGGAAGAAAGUGAAACACGUGACCCCGGGGGCGUGA